ACGAUCGUUUUCACGAAUUAAUCUGCACAAUCCGUCUCGCGUGUCGCACCUACCUCAUUCACCCCCCGCCACCCCUCCCUCUUGAUCGUCGCACGAGCAAACGUUUAGCAGAUACUCCUCGCGUUCGUGCAUGUGCAUGUGCAUGUGCAGCAUAAAUCCCCGUGUAAAUACACGUGUAAACACACAUAUACGUGCGUGCGCGCACGCGUCUCGUGUGAACGUUCCGUUCGUAUGCAACCAACCGCUCCGCGGUACAUCCGCGUACGGACACCCCGAAUCACCCGCGACGUUCCGCGGUAUAUUUCCAAUCCUCCGUUUCGGAGCCACGGGAGCCUUGAGAUUUCAAUUUUGCGGGGAUUUCCCCGAGCGAUCGCGCGAACCGCGCGUGACUCGACGCUGGCUGGCGCAUGCCGCGCGGUCCUCCUUCCGGAUCGCCUCGCCGCGAUGAGGGUGAGGGGUUGUUGCUUCCGGUGAGCUGUGACGUUGUGCCAGCGAGGCGAGCGCGGGUCAGCGCGGGUUCGCUCGCGAACCGGUCGGUGCACCGUGAUUCGUGAUCCGACGACGGAUCACGCACGCAUCGAGAGGAUGCACCCGCAGCGUGCCGCGAACGACGACGUCUCGCGACGGACCCCGACGCGUUUCUUAAGAACUGGAUCGGGACUGGUAGAAAAGGUAAGGGAAGGAAGAUAAACGGAGUAAAGGGGUAAAGAGGAGGCUCGGAGGGUUCAGUUAAGGGCGGAGGAAGUGUGCAAUGGUGAAUGUGGUGGUUGAUAAGUGGCGCGGGACACAAUCAGCGGCACGAGGCAGCGGAUUGGUGAACCUCUCGACUCUCCCGCGGACCAUCAUCCCCGUGGCGAGCAACGGAGGGUGGAUAUCGAGCACCCUGCUGAGGGAUCAUAAAAAGAACGUGACUCCUACGGGAAGAAGUAGGCGUCACGCGAGGUGGACCAAGGAGGCGGCGCGGGGAGCAGCAGCGAAAAAUCGGAAGCAAUAAAAGGUCCUCGUGACGGAGGGGCUUCGCACGGCCCUGGCGCGACUGCGGCACUGUACCCCUGCGGGGGGAUCGCUGCCGAAUACACCGAAUCCACCGUCCACCCCGGAACACAAGUCCCAAGGGUGUACGAGGAAUCGCGAAUCGGCAACCAGAUGUGGCAGUUUGGGGAAUAACGCGUGUGACACGGGGGAUACAUCGCAGUCGCAGCCAUCGCGAGGACAGCAUGGAGUCGACGGCGGGCGGGACGGUGAUCUUCUAUCGUCCGCGAUCCGACGGUUUAACUUCAAAUCGGCCGGCGGCAGCCGUAGCUGCCGCACGGUGCCGAAGGUCGUGGUCAUGGGCUCCAGCACGGCGUCCGAGACCACGAUCAACACGAGUACUGACAGCGCCAACACCAUGCUCACCAUGGUAACGACGACAGACGGGGAGCAGCCAGACGACAGUUUCGAUCUAAUCGACGUGCCGGCCGAAAUGUCGCCUCCCGCUACGGCCCCGUCGCAACAAUCGUCCAUCCAUCCCGCCGGUCAUCGGGGACAUCCCGACGAAACGAUCGGGGGCAGUCAUACCUCGUCGCCGGCGUCGCCUACGUCCCCGAUUUCCGUCGCGGCGCCGGCGAACCAAACCACACCACCGUUACCGCUUCCGUCGACGCCUACGACCCCACUUUGCGGCUUCGACGGGACCGAGGUCGCCGGGCCCUCGGGCUGCUGCAUGCGCUCGGGUCAAUCCGACGGUAACAGUAAAACGAACACCGGCUCCUCCAACAAUCAGAAACACAACGCGAGUAACGGCGCCGAAGGCGCGACGAAUCUUCCGGCACCCACGCCGAUGGCCUCCACGCAUCAGGAGAUCAGAUUUACCUUCGGCGGCAGCGGCAGAACCCCACCUCUUCCGGAUCUCAGAGCCUCAGAUUUCUUUAGCACUCCCGUGAGGGGUUCGGUGGACGCGGGUCAACCCAGUUCGGCCGAUACGCGGUCCUCGAUUCGAAAUCUGGCGGCUGCCCAGGAGAAGCAGAACGCCAGGAUGGGAUAUCAGAGCGAUUACGCGGCCGGCGGAAAAGUCAACUCGGUUCAGGUGAACGCGCUGGAGAAGGGCACGACCGAGCACAGGCGUAGCCAGAAGAGGCCCAACAUCAACGUUACGACCAAUCCGCUCGAUAUAUCGCUCAUGAACGCGACCCAACCGUGCAACACCCAAGGCUGUAACAUCCAGAGUAGCGCGAGUACGAAAUCGCGAGGACGAUCAACGGAAUCUCAUCCACUCGUUUCAGCCAUUCAUUCAUGGGUCAGGCUCUUUUUCCCGUUUUGCGCAAUAGGCGGAAGUGCCGGCGGCAGUAGCAAGCGAUCAACCCAGGCGACAAUCGUGGUGCAACAGCCGUCCUUGUCGCUGGACGGCGCGCCGGCGGCGACGAUUCUGCUGCACCCGGACAACGACGUCAGGCGACGCGAGGAGAACAUGCGGCAGCUGCUUGACGUUGCCAACACCCUCACCCUGCAGGAGAUACACGACUUCGAGAUGAGAUACGGAAGCCCUCAUCAUAGCCGAUCGCAGUCGGUGAAGGCCCCCGGGAGUCGCGCCUCCGGUCGGCCGAAUUACCUGUGUCUUCCGCAACAGAGAUCGCGAGUGGCGAGUAUGCCGAAUACCGGUGUGGAGGAGGAGUACUACAGAUUACGGCAUUUCAGCAUCACGGGCAAGGGGGUGGUAAACCGGGGCGACUCCCUAAAGAGCCGCAGAUCACGUUCUAACAAUAGCGUAGCAUCCAGCAACUCUAGCCUUUCUUCUAUUCGACGCAGCACGGAACACCUGACUGCCUCGUAUCCAGGAUCGGCGCGAAAUUCGGCGGCGGGCUCGUUGGCGAGUUCGAGGGAGAGCAGCGCGUCCCAAGGCCCGGCGCCGUAUCGCGUCCUCAUGCUGGGAGCCCCCGCCGUUGGCAAGAGCUCGCUGGUGUCUCAAUUUAUGACUUCCGAGUACCUGCACGCCUAUGACACUUCGAUCGACGACGAGUCCGGCGAAAAGACCGUCAGCGUGCUCUUGGCUGGCGAGGAAUCGGAAUUGACUUUUAUCGAUCACCCCUGUGCCGAAAUGGCGCCGGAAAAUUGCAUCUCGACGUACGAGCCGCACGCGUACUGCGUCGUCUACUCUGUGACCGAUCGGCCGUCGGUGCGCGUCGCCGAAGCUGUUCUCCAAUCCUUAUGGCGAAGCGAUCACGUAUCCGCGAGGGCGGUCAUCCUCGUGGGGAACAAAGUCGACCUCGUUCGCAGCCGAAUGGUAUCGACCGAAGAGGGCAAAUCCAUGGCGACGUCUUACGAUUGCAAAUUCAUCGAGACGUCCGUCGGAAUUAAUCACAACGUCGACGAGCUGCUGGUCGGCCUGCUCACGCAGAUUCGCCUGAAGCUGGAGAAUCCCGAGAGGACCAGGGAGAUGUUCCGGAAGAGGUCGCGGAAGAACCGCAGCAAGUCGCCGCUGGGCUCGUGCUCGGAGAACAACUCGCCUAAGAAGUAUCGCGGUAGUAGGACCAGCACCAGCCUGAAGGUGCGCAAUUUACUCGACAAGGUCUGGGCGCGCGACAGCAAGUCGAAGAGCUGUGAGAAUCUGCACGUUCUAUAAAAAAAUUAAAAAAAAAAGAAAAA